AUGACAGACGCAAUCCCUUACGCAUCUCCGGACGACGAGACGAAGAAGAAGAAGCGCAAGAGAAACAGAGGGAAGAAACAAUCAGAAUCGGCAGACACCGAACAAGCAGAGCCUCAAAACCCUAUUCCGACAAAACAAGAAGAAGAAGAAGAAGAAGAAAUAGAAAAAGAAGAAAAAGGAGAAGUUGAGGAACAAGCUAAGGAUGAAGAGAAGAAGACUAAGAAGAGGAAGAGUUCGAAGGGAGAGGAAGCAGAGGCUAAAACCCCUAGCGAGAAGAAGGUGAAGAGUGAUGGAGCGUCUGGGAUUAUGAGCACACAGUCCUUUGCUUCCUUGAAUUUGUCUGAGAACACUUUCAAGGCCAUUCAAGAAAUGAACUUUCAGUAUAUGACUCAGAUCCAAGCCAGAGCAAUCCCACCACUCUUGAUCGGACAAGAUGUCCUCGGAGCUGCAAGGACAGGAUCUGGGAAAACUCUUGCUUUUCUAAUACCAGCUGUGGAGCUGCUAUAUAACACACAUUUUGCUCCUCGUAAUGGAACAGGUGUUGUUGUGAUUUGCCCAACACGGGAACUUGCAAUACAGACUCAUGCCGUGGCAAAGGACCUUCUAAAAUAUCACUCACAGACUCUGGGCUUGGUUAUCGGAGGUUCAGCCAGGAGAGGAGAAGCAGAACGUAUUGUAAAAGGAUGCCUCAUGAUUGAUGAAGCUGACAGGUUAUUGGAAGCAAACUUUGAGGAAGAAAUGAAACAGAUUAUUAAGUAUCUACCGAAGGAUAGGCAAACAGCUUUAUUUUCAGCAACCCAAACUAAGAAGGUUGAAGAUCUUGUUAAGUUGUCGUUUCGGAAAGAUCAGAAACCUAUCUAUGUUGAUGUGGAUGAGGGGAGAACUAAGGUCACCAAUGAAGGGCUGCAGCAAGGUUAUUGUAUUGUGCCUAGUGCCAAGAGAUUUCUUCUUCUAUAUUCUUUCCUGACGAAGAAUCUUUCUAAGAAAGUGAUGGUCUUCUUCUCUUCUUGUAACUCCGUCAAAUUCCACUCCGAACUGCUUAAAUACGUUAAUGUGGAUUGCUUUGAUAUUCAUGGAAAGCAAAAGCAGCAGAAGAGGACAACUACCUUUUUUGAUUUCUGCAAAGCAGAGAAAGGAAUCUUACUUUGUACCGAUGUUGCUGCUCGUGGACUGGAUAUUCCUGCUGUGGACUGGAUUUUGCAGUUUGAUCCUCCGGAUGAACCCAAGGAAUAUAUCCACAGGGUUGGUCGAACAGCUCGAGGGGAAGGUGGAAAAGGAAAGGCACUACUUUUCCUCAUUCCUGAAGAGUUGCAAUUUAUACGCUAUUUGAAGGCUGCAAAAGUCCCUGUUAAAGAGCAUGUAUUUAAUGAGAAGCAGCUGAAAAAUGUGCAGUCACAGCUGGAGAAAAUGGUUGAAGGCAACUACUAUCUGCGCAAAUCAGCAAAAGAGGCGUAUACAUCUUAUUUAUUAUCAUAUAAUUCACACUCCAUGAAGGACAUCUUUAAUGUUCACCGCCUUGAUCUUCAGGCGGUUGCAGCUUCCUUUUGCUUUUCUAAUCCACCCAAGGUGAAUUUGAACUUAGACAGCAGUGCAUCAAAGUUCAGGAAGAAGAUGCGUAAAGUAGAGGGAAGUCGAAAUGGAUUCAGUGAGAGCAAUCCUUAUGGUAGACAAAAAGUUGGUGAUGACAAUCGACAAUUUGUAAGGCAUUAG